AUGGCGAAGAAGCAAGGGAAGAGAGCCAACAUCCAAACUCUCAAGAUUGUUAAAGGGAAUGAAAGUCCAAAGGUUAACGAAGAAGUACAGAAGGUAGAUAAAGCAGAAAUAGAACCUAAUACAGCUCCUAGGGUUAUAGAAAAUGAAAUUGCAGAAGCUAAGGCUAGUGAUGCUAAAGAAGAUGCAGAUGAAGAUAACAGUGAAGAAAAAUCGAGUACUAAAGAAGUGAGGAAAUGGGUCGAUCUUGUGAAAACAAAUCGACAGAAAAACCCAGAUUGUGGUCUGAAAUAUAUUCCUCCGGUGAUAAAUAACGGAGUGAGAGUGGCAAAAAUUCAGGAAGAUGAUAUUCUUAAUGAAGUGGAUAGAUGGAAGUAUGUUGUUUUAGGGUGUGUGUAUGGUUUAAAUCCCAGAUUCUACAAGUUGCAGAGCUUCAUAAAAAAUCGAUGGGGGAAAUUAGGGCUAAUCAAUUUUCAUCAGAUUAAAUCAAAUCUUUUUGCGUUUGUUUUUGAGUCAGAAGAGGGGAAGAUCCAGGCUAUGGCUGAUGGGCCAAUUACCUUCGAUAGCCAUCCUCUAUUGCUUCAAGAGUGGAAGAGGAAGAUGACUUUUGAAAUUGAGAAAGGGGCUUUAGUUUCGGUUUGGGUCAAGUUUCCUUUGCUCCCUUGGGAAUUUUGGAGUGAUGAAUCCUUGAUUACUAUAGCUAGUACCUUAGGAAAACCUUUAUUUGCAGAUAGAUGCACAAGGGAUAGAUCAAAACUCACUUAUGCUAGAGUCCUAAUUGAAAUGAGGUUGAAUGAAAUUUUUCCAGAUAUAAUUAUUAUCAAAGAUACAGAUGGGGAGAUCCUGAAUCAAGCUGUGGAUUAUGAAUGGAAACUAGUUCUAUGCUCUGAGGAGAUAAAGCCUAAGGAGAACACUCAAAUUCAGGAGGAGAUAAAGCCAAAGGAGAUCACUCAAGCUCAGAAUGCUACCCCUCCAAAAGGGAUUAGUGAGGAUGGUUUUCAGCUAGUCACUAACAGAAAAUAG